AUGGACAACGCCAGGUUGUACGAGAUGGGAAAAAAAGUCUUCGAGGGUCUCUUCACUGAAAAUCCCUCAUUUCUGCCAUUUAUCGGGCUGUCGGCAAGCGAGAAUUGGCGGAAGUCAAUUGUUUUCCGGCUUCAUGCACAGCGCUUUGUCACUGCGGUCUGCGAGAGCCUGAGGCGGAUGAGGGACACCCAGGCUGCUUGUGAUGUGUUACGGGACUUCGGGGCGCACUACUCGGGCCACAAAAUUCCGAACGCAUACUUUGAGAAGAUGGCAAUGGCCCUAUGCGGGGCAAUCAAGGAAUUCGAGGGGCAGACGACGCUGAUUGAGCCUGAGCAACGCCACCGUUCGCCAUCAGCCGACCCAUCCUCCUCCUCGGCCACAGAUUCCUCAGCCAUUUCGAAUGGCCAGAAAAUCGAGCCGAAACACGGCUCUUCCCUGUCGACAAUUUCGAAUAAUACAACUCGCGGAGAGAUCAGCGAAAAUAAACCGACGAAAAGCAGCGGGUUUUCGAGUCGGCACUCCGACUCGUCGAUGUACCGGGUCAAUGGCAGCGGGGCGUUGUGCUCGAAUUCGCUGAGAGGCACGCCCCCGCACAACUCGUCGGAUUCGGAUUCGCCGCCAAUUCGCGGGCCCACCCCCUCAUUUCUGCCGCCAUUCCCGAAUUCCCUGAAAAAUUUGAAUAAUAUUAACAACAACAAUUGCCCGAUCACCACCGAGGCCUGGCACAUCUUCGCUACGUUUGUCGCCAAUCAGGUGAAGCUGGGCUACGAGCUGGAGAAGGUGCUACAGUACGAGAUGGCCAAAUUGGGCUUAUCCACGCAACAUACCGGUCUCCAACACGGCGGUUACUGUAGCAAACAAUUCGACAGACCGCAGUGCUUCUGUCAUUACAAGCCAAGAACGAUGGCCUGGGAUGUGCUGCAACACCCCGCCCGAAUUCCCGCAUCCGGCGCCCCGGUUCAAAAUUUCAAGGCGCCCUUCCGCUGGCCGGCCGCUUCCUUGGAAAAAUUUGAAAAAUCCGAAAUUCCGGGUAAACCGGAAAUUCCGGCGAUUCCGGAGCAGAUCCUGAAGCCAAACUACUUCACCAGGCCGCAGCGAAUAGAGGAUAAGGUGAGAGGCAGAAAAGACGAUCCGGAAGGACCGGAGAAAACGACCGAAACGUACUUGGUGCGGCUAAAUAACGACAUUCCGAUGAUGUUACCGUACUCUGCGCGGAGCCGAAAAGUCCAGAAUACUAUUCCAUUACGCGAUGAAAAUACGCUAGAAUGG